AUGCGACAAGAAGCAAACACUCCCUGGGCUGCUGGGUACCGCUCCGGGGGUCUCCGCUCCCAGGGAGGACAGGACAGCCGCAGGGACCCUGCCAGGGACCAGGAGCAGCUCCCUGGGCACCAGCCACCCCGUCCGGAACCAGACUCCUCCGGGCUGCCACCCGCCCAGCAUCAGCAAUCCCUCCAGGCAGCUGUAAGCAAGGCGGAGGUGAAGCCAAUGGACAAGGGAGAGGAAAAUGCUGCCAGUGAGGAAAAAGCUCACUUUCUCACGGAAAAUAGGAGAAGCGGUACAGAGGAAUACCUUCCAGAGCUGGAGAAAAAAGAGAAAGAAACCAAGUGUGUCACCAGAAAUAUCCAGUGGACCACAGGCAACAACUUCACAGUGGAGAGAGGACGGCAGCAGAUCGAAGAAGCCGUUUCUACAUGGGAGGUUCACGAAAGCUGGCUUCACUGGUCGGAAUUCCUCCGGGAAGAAGAACUGAAGUACAGCAAGAGGUACCAUUACAGAGUCUGCUGGAGCAUGCCAACACGCAGAAAACCCAUCCCACGAGCAACAGCAAGCGUCUACUUCGUUAUCGAGGUCUCCAAAAUCAAACCUGCUACCUUGCCCGUGGAGGUAUUCUUCACUCUGGAGUCCAGCGAGCUGAUUCACAGGCCAGAACAGUGUCAGUUUAGAGAAAAGUGGCUUAAGGACAUAAUUGAAAAUAAAAUAAUCCUCAUGGAAAGGCUGACUUUCUAA